UGCGGGCCGCGCCUUCCGCCCGGAGCGCUGAGGCGGCUGCACCGCGGCGCCGGAAGGAGGCUCGCUCGCCAUGCCAAAGUUACGAAAACCUCAAGGAGGGAAGCAAGAGAAAAAAGUUAUCCAUCCAUAYAGCAGAAAGGCUGCACAGCUUGCAAGGGAAGCACACAAACAGGAAAAGAAGGAAAAGUUGAAGACUGACAAAGCUUUGCGUUUAAGUAUUAUUGGAGAAAAACUGCAAUGGUUUCAARGUCACCUUGACCCCAGUAAAAUCGAGUACACGAAGAAGGAAGCUGGUGAACUAAUUGAAGAUUAUAUGUGUCGAUUCAAUGACGAAUUGGAGCAGAUUGAAUUACAGAACAGUAUUAAAGGCAGACAAGGAAGACAGCAUGGUUCCCGGGAAACUGUCAUCAAGCAGACAAUAGAACGUGAAAGACAGCUCUAUGAGGGCUAUGGAAUAGAAAUCCCAGACAUUAUGAAUAGAAAGCAUCUUAAAUUUUUCAGAGAAUGGGAUGGUGAUCUGAGGAAACUGCCAAACAUCAAAAUGAAAAAGCUCUCAGCUAGGGAUGCUGCCUGCAGUCACCCUGAGGUGACAGAUGCAGAAGCUAAAGAAGAUUUGAAUGAAGGAGAAGAAGAGGGGGGCCCUGAGGAGCACCAGCUGAUUCAAGAGCUAAAAUAAUGAACUGAAUUGUAAGAAACCUAUUUUAAUUGUCACUGGAAACAAGAAUAAAAUUUAACUAUAUUUGUAAAAACUCCGUUGGUUGCUUUUUUUUAUGAUCUCACUGUGUAUCUAUGGUAAAGAGUAAAUCAUGUAUUACUGGGUAUAGAUGUAUAUUAYUGGAUAAAAAUUUUUGACUGUAAAUACAUACUUAAAAUCUUAAUCAUGUAAUCCCAAUCAUGUAAUCUUGAAAUCCCAACUAGCUGAAUACCUUUUCCCUGUCUAGAUUCAGAUUGGAAUACUUUGUAGUCAGAAAUCCUUAUCUUUUCCUGGUAAUUGCAAUAAUCUCUUAAACAUGAAGAACUCUUUUCUUGUACCUUUGUUU